AUGUCAAACAUCUGGCUCCUUACUGCCGGCGUGUCUCUGAUGGUCACGGUUCGGACUAUGACUGCCACAGCUGGAUCUUUCGGGGGUGCUGGGUUGGGCGUUGCCGUAGCGCCCCGUAUGCUCAGACUGGCAGCGGUCCCGGGGAGUCAGCCUCGUCGUACGAAUGAUCUGCUGAUGCUCCGGCCUUCCUGCGCCCAAGAUCAGCGAUCCUCCGAGGACCAAAGUCGCCAUGUCGUUUUUUUCCCCGGGGACAUACAGAACUUUGAGCAGGAGAUGGCCCACCAGGCGGAAGGAGCCCAGUGGCAGCGCUGGAGCUUUGAGCGCGUAGCACUGAUCCUGGGACAGCGAUUCCCCGGUCACUAUAUCUGGGUGGUGCGGGCCGCUUGCAUGUACCUGCACAAGUUCAGCAGUUACUGCAACUUUGUGGAGAGCAACAUGUUUGGCACCCCGGAACAUUCCCCUCACUAUGGCGCCGUCUGCCACUUGAGGGCGCUGCUGAGGCAUGGUCUUCUGCGGGCUGGACUCCUGUCCCCGACCGAUGGCUUCCCACCCCCCGGAUUCUCCCUGAUCGUGGUGGGCUUCAGCAAGGGAUGUGUGGUUCUGAACCAAAUCGUGCAUGAGCUCGAAGCGGCCAGGUCCGACCCGGAGCUGGCCACCUUUCUUCAGCGGAUCUCAGAGCUCUACUGGCUCGAUGGGGGACACCCUGGCGGCAGUGGCACCUGGGUGACAGAGCAGCGGGCGCUGGAGGUGCUGGCGGCCAGCGGGGUGGCGCUGCACGCCCACGUCACGCCCUACGAGGUGCAGGACCCCAUGCGCGCCUGGGUGGGCCACGAGCACCGGCAGUUCGUGGAGACACUGAAGGAGCUGAAGGCUCGCAUCACCAGCACACUGCACUUCCACGAUGAGCCCGCCUCCAUCGACAACCACUUCCGGGUCAUCGAGGAGUUUUGAGGCUCACAGAUAACGGGUGGGGGUUUUCAGGCCGGGACUGCCAGCACACAGGCGUUUUUACUGCGUGUGUUUGCACCAUCUUUAAGCAUGCUACAGAUUGUGGAUGACGCACCAGAUAGGCUCCUAUCUCCUGGCAGGACCUGAUGGGGCUCUAGGUUUCUGGGCUGUGCUUUGGGAGGGGGGCCGCGGCCCACAUUCACAUCGAGUUUGUGGUGGGUCGCAGCUCUAGGGUACAUUCAGGGCAGAGUGACCCAAAUCUGUGCACCGAGCUCCAAGAAGUACAGAGCCCGUUUAGCGUUCUGCUCCAGUUCCAUUCCCGCUGAGGAGAACAAGCCCUUUUGUUUGCUGUUCUGUUUUGUAAUGGCUGUAGUCGCUAGCUGGUAUUCAUCAGAAAGCCUUUGUACUUUGGGCAAACCGGCGACUCCCUGCCACACGGAAGUGCGCAAUCCGGUUUCUCUGUAAACCGAUAGGAAGACCUAAUGUGAACGUAUUACUCACAUUAAACUGGACUGUAGGAAACUUC